AUGGCUGACAUAUUGCCGGAAUGUCUAGUUCAAAAAAUACUCAGUUUUCUUCCUAGUUAUAAUCAAGCAUCCAAGAUGAGUAUUCUCUCCAAAACAUGGCUGCAAGCGUGGUCGACUCUUCCCAACUUGAAAUUCUUUUUAUAUUGUUGGGAAAUCCGUACAAAGAUAGUGGACACAAUCAUGGAGAGAUAUGGGAAGGGGAAAAUUCCUAUAGAAAAGUUUGAAUUAUCAGAGAUUUUUGCUGAUUCUCUCCAACUUUUCCCUAUGGUUGAUAAGUGGCUUCUGAUUGCACUUGAGAAUGGUGUAAAAGAACUUGUACUCCACUUUAAAUCAUACCCGGCGCCUAUUUUAACAAUCUUGGCAGCCAAAUCUUUAAGAGAAUUGGUUCUGCACGAUUGUACUCUUUCAUUAUCUAGUGGAGUUGUGAAUUGCAGUUCAUUAGGAAAGAUUUCUCUAUCUAAUCUAACAUUAGACGAAAACAUGCUUCAGACUCUACUUAAUAGCUGUCCCUUUAUUGUCUCUUUCAUCGUUGAGAAUUGUUCGGGAAUGAAUGUUCUAAAGAUCAAAUCGGCUUCACUGAAGGUCUUGAAGAUUAUACAAUAUUGCAAGAUAUGUAACAUUGAUGCUCCAAAUUUGGUAUCCCUUGACUAUAAAGGGUAUGAAAUUCCUGAACUUAACAUUGCAAGAGAGUCAAAAAUCAUUCUUCAUUGUCUCCUCAGUUUAAAUACGGCAUGGUUUUGUAAGUUGAGGAAGUUUCUAUCAAAUUCAUCCUCUUGGUCUGAAGUUAGCCUUUGUAUAUUAAAAUGCGAUGAGAUCAACAUGACAGAUUUGCAAAUGGACCACAUAGGUUCUACUGGAGGGGUGGACGUUUUAAAUCUCAAUAUGCUACUGAUGGAUGAAAUUAUAGAGUGCCCAACUUUUGUGGAUGCUUUGCUAUGGAGUUGUCAUCCUGGGAGACUCAACUUAAUCUCAAUUGAUAUUGAAACAGUUACACGUUUAAUUGAUCGGUUAAUGUAUAUGAAGAAUUCGAGUCAUUCUACAUAUUCUCAUGGUUGGAAUAAUCAAUUAAAAGAAAUAAAAGCUUUUGAUGGAAAAAAUCAGUUGCUGCAACUAGGAAGUGAGGAGCUUGCAAAAAAGAUUACGGAGGGGAAGAAACCUUAUUUUAUAUUAGAUUGGUGA